UUAUUAUUUUCCUCCAUCUUUCAUUUAUUUGGAUUCUGGGUUUUACUUUGUUUCAAUAAUCAUAACAAAACUUUUUAAGCGUAGAAAAUACAUUUAGGAUGAUGGGUCAGCAAACGCUGAUCUACAGUUUUGUGGCGAGGGGGACGAUGAUAUUGGCUGAUUACACAGAAUUCACAGGGAAUUUUACCUCCAUUGCAUCCCAAUGUCUACAAAAGUUGCCUGCUUCCAGCAACAGAUUCACUUACAAUUGCGACGACCACACAUUCAAUUACCUUGUGGAAAAUGGAUUUACUUAUUGUGUAGUUGCAGUUGAAUCUGCUGGUAGGCAAGUUCCGAUUGCUUUUCUAGAGCGUAUCAAGGAUGAUUUCAAUAAGAGACAUGGUGGAGGUAAAGCUACAACUGCAGGCCCAAAUAGUCUCAAGAAAGAUUUUGGCCCUAAACUGAAAGAGCAGAUGCACUAUUGUGCCAAUCAUCCUGAAGAAAUUAGCAAACUUGCAAAAGUGAAGGCUCAGGUUUCUGAAGUGAAGGGUGUGAUGAUGGAAAAUAUUGAGAAGGUCUUAGACCGAGGAGAGAAGAUUGAGCUUCUUGUGGACAAAACUGAAAAUCUCCGAUCACAGGCACAAGAUUUUCGAACACAAGGGACCAAGAUGAAACGAAAAAUGUGGAUUCAGAACAUGAAGAUUAAGCUGAUUGUCUUUGGCAUUGUCCUUUGCUUGCUGUUGAUCAUCUUUUUGUCCAUCUGUCCUCACUUCCAAUGCUGACACAACACAUUUUCUGUAUACUGGGUCUGGACUUUCUUUACGAAUUGCCAUUUUCGACUAGAAAUUGUUCCGAUCAAUUUUUUAAAUUGGAUCCUAAUGAGUGAUGUGCAGGUGGACUAGUCAUGCAUGAAUAGACACAGUUAAAAGACUCUUUAUCAGGUUUAAUUCCUAAUAUACUGACGGUGUUCCAUUUUUCCAGCGGGAAAAAUAAUCUUUUGUCGUUUCAUUUUUUUAUUCAAAU